UCCUCCGCCACUCAGUGCAGCAAGAGGAAGCGCCGUUUCCGGUAAUGAGCGAGUGACUGCUGACACCGACGAAGGCCGACGAAAAACCCGCUGCUUUCGGUAUCUACCUGUGGGAAAUUAUCCGCUCUUAUCCAAGCGGGACGUCAGACGGGUUUCAGACAAGCGCUCGCCCGGAGAGAGGAGCGAAGCCGCGGGGUUUGAACCUCCCAGCACCGGCAUGGCCCGCGACUACGAUCACCUCUUCAAGCUGCUGAUCAUCGGUGACAGCGGUGUCGGAAAGAGCAGUCUUCUCCUGCGCUUUGCAGACAACACUUUUUCAGGUAGUUACAUCACCACUAUAGGAGUGGACUUCAAGAUCCGGACGGUGGAGAUUAAUGGAGAGAAGGUGAAGCUGCAGAUAUGGGACACAGCCGGACAAGAGCGAUUCAGAACCAUCACAUCUACGUAUUACAGAGGAACCCAUGGGGUCAUAGUAGUGUAUGAUGUCAGCAGUGCCGAGUCCUUUGUCAAUGUCAAAAGAUGGCUGCAUGAAAUAAACCAGAACUGCGAUGAUGUCUGUCGAAUAUUAGUGGGCAAUAAAAACGAUGAUCCAAACUCUAAGGUUGUGGAGACGAAUGACGCACAGAAGUUUGCUGAGCAGAUGGGCAUCAGUCUGUUUGAGACGAGUGCAAAAGAGAACAUUAACGUGGAGGAGAUGUUUAACAGCAUCACAGAGCUGGUGCUUCGAGCAAAGAAAGAGUCUGUGGCCAAACAGCAGCAGCAGCAGCAGAACGAUGUGAUCAAACUCAACAAGAAUAGCAAACGAAAGAAAAAAUGCUGCUAGUGGACAAACAGAUGUUCCUCUGCACUGCGUUCUGCACACGCAUACGGACUGUGAUCGUCUCAGUUAAGAUUUCACAAAAAACACAGUGCGGACAAAUGCAGUCCUUUCAGGACCGAGACAAACCACAAAGACUUUUUAAAAGAAAAUGUACAGAUUUUAUGAGAGUCAAGGAGUUUUAUGUGGAAUUCGUGAUAUUUAAUAAAAGAUCCUCCUUCUUUAUUGAAGGACCAGCAAGCUGACGUGAUCGCAAAACCGUGCAGGUUUCUGUAUGCUUUCAGAAUUACUCUUCAGUGAUUAUAUAUCUCUAUUAUCCGCAUCUCAGGAGUGAUUUCGUUUUGCUUCUCUUUCUCAUGUGUUUUUUUUGGUGGAAUGCCAGUGUUUUUAUCUGUGAGAACAAUUUGCCUCCAAAACCCCCCACCCCUUUUAAUUUUUAUGAAAUUAUACAAAUACAGACGUUUACUCACCAUGGACUUAAUUGGAGACCGUUACCAACAACAUUUUUUAAACAAAUUUUAGAUCUUAUUGAUUGGUGAUCCAUCAUGUUUUCAUUCUCUGAUUGGAUCUUUUGUUAUCUGUCAAGCCUGUUCUUUCCUUUCAUUGACUGAAUCUCACAAAAAAAACAUCUCCAGGUCGCAUUUAAGAAUUAUUUAUAUUUUGCAUAAAGAAAAUGAAGACUUUGUUUAGGAUCAAGCACAUUUCAUGCCAAAUUCUUGGUGAAAUUUGAUGUUUAUACAUUGUAAAGUAGUCAAAUAUCAUCAUCAUAGUAUUUGUUGUGCUGCAUUUAAUUAAUGCUUAUUUAAAGAAAUCAUUGUAACAGUUUUUUUUUUUUUUGCUAUAGUACAUUUAAAUGACUAUUAUAGUAAUAAGAAUAUAAUGAGAAUUUAAACAUCUGGAUGCUUUUCAGUAAUGUGCAUUAAAAAGAGCGUUAGCAUGAAAAACUUGUAAUGGUCCUAAAAAAGAAGCUUCGGUUUUCAUGCAAAUGUUAAUUUCUUUUUGCCUUUUGGAUUUAAAAGUUUUUAUGAGAUUCACCGCAUUAGUUCAGGCUUCGGUUCUUCAUGAUGUGGACAGCAGAGCUCCUUUGACAUUCAAUGAAUUCAGGCUGGUGUUUUUCUGCUUUCGUUCUUCCCGUGAAGAUGAAGAGGAUGAGGGUAGAUGAUGCUGCCAUAAUCUCGUAACAGUGUUGCCGCACACUUCUCUUCGGUAUCAGUCGUUAUAGUAUUUCUCCGGACGCUGGAGUCGCAUCUUUGUGUUUGUGGAUGCAUUCGAUUGAAGCCAGUGUUAAAAACAAGAUUUCAUCUUCUGCGUCUCAUGGACGAGCGACAUUGUUGUGCCAUACAAGCUUGUAUGAAGUACAGUCACUUGGACCUGAAAGACGCUGAUACAAGGUUUUAAAACAUAAUUACCAUGUUUAUGCACGUUCCCAAAGGGUCUAUCGCUAAUAUGAAAUGUAAUUAGUUUUUAUUUGUGGAAGGGAUAUGUUGUGUUAAAGUGUUUAAGCCAAUGGGGUCAUCCCUAAAUUUCUUGAAUACACUCUUUUGACACUUUAUGGCAGGUCCACAUUUGACAGCUCUGCCAUCCUUCUGUGAAUCUCACCAAAACAGGACUUUGUCCUAAUUCACAUUAAAAGUAAUGGUUAGUUUUCACAAAGAAAAUGAAGCCGAUUAUUAGAGGCAUUAAAAUGUAAAUGUAAAAUUAACAUCAAUGUAAAAAUGUAGCAUUUUUUGCAAAGAAUUAAAAAUAUUUUUUUAUUAAGUUCAUCUAAAUUAGUCACCCCAACAAAAAUGAAAGUGAAGCCAAAUUUUAGCCACAUUAUUUUCAUUUUUCUGCAUUAAAUAUUAAUGUAAAAAUUUUGCUUUUUUGCAGAAAAUAAAAAAUAUUUUUUUUAUUGAAUAUGCAUAUAAAAUUGGUUUAUGCAAUGAAUAUAGACCUGUAUUUAAGUCAUCACAACAGAAAAAAAAUCCAUAUUCAUGUUCUUGUUUUGCAUUAAAAUAUUGAUGUAAAUUAUUAAAUUUUUGCAGAUAAGUACUAAAUACCGAAAAAAAAAAAACUUUAUUGAAGUCAUUACGAUUUUUUUGUGCAUUGUGCAUUUUUUGCGCUUUUUUAUGUAAUGCAAUGAAUUUAGAGCUGCAUUAUUAAUUAAUUACAACGACGAUAUAUAAAUACUUCAAAACUGAAAUAUGCAAAACAUGGAAAAAGAUUAAGGAACCUAAAAUGAGCUUCAUUUAAAAAUAAAAAUAAUAAUAUCUAAAAUGUGGUUUUGUUUUGUGAGAUUCACCAAUAGAAAUAUUUUCAUGAUUAAUUUAGUAAGCCAAAACACACCACAAGUCCUGGCUGUGCUGUGCGCCAAUUUCAAGCCAGUCAUGUGACUUCAGUUCAUCAUACGUGUGCAUGUUUGACAUACUAGCACAUGUCCGUGCAAACUGUGCUGGUUAAAACACUUUUUUUCAGCUGUGGUUCUAUCAUACACUGGAAAAAAGAAAUGUAUAGUGGACCUCCCCUUUAUGAAUGAAAUCAUUAAUAAAUAUUUUAAGAAUUAAUAUUUGACACAA